CGCUUCCCCUUUUUGGCCUCCGUCUCUGUAGCAGUUCCCAGCUUUCUUCCUCGCUGUUCGUCAUGGCGAGAAAACACCCUUUACAGCCAAUUCUUCACGAUCCUGCCAUCGCACCGACUAUCGAUACCUCUCCUCACUCCCUCGGUUAUCCUGAACCUGUUACCCAUGAGAACGACCCAUCCGCGAGCCGUGUGAAACGCCUUUCGUCGGCUGUGGAGAAGUUGGGAAGAAGUUUGAGUGCGAAAGCUUCUCCUCGUUCUCCUUCUCCGACAAGUCCACCCAGGCGGAUAUUCACCCUCAAUCGCAAAGGAAAAGAGUGUGUGAAGAGUGAAGAGGCCCUCUCUGUCAGUGCACCAUCCAUUUCCUCCACAACUCCACGAACUACCUCAGUCAUGACCCCGCCGAUACAGUCGACAGAUGACUCGCCGUUCAUUACCCCACCCUCACCGACUCUUAGACCUUCUCUCAGUGCCUUUCGCGGUACCGGAUCUAUGCGAGCAGGUACCCAAACUCUGAUCCAAGCUUUACAAGCUAUACCUUGGAGCGCGGAUCCCGAAGAUGAAUCAGAGGAUGAGUGUGCAGUGGAUUCUCGACCCAAGCAAUCCCUUGCCUCGUCUAUCCACACAAUCCACCGUCCAAUCGCACGUUCUAUGCGCCUAAGCAUUUCUGGGCAACGUUCGAGGCCAGGGCUACUCGAAGCUGAGGAUGAACCUUUGUCAGAGGAAGUAGAAACAUCUCAAUCGGACGAUGACACGCUCGAUUUCGAGGAAGAAAUAACCACACCUUUACCGCCACCCAUCAAGCCUCAAGGGGAUGUCUUCGAACGCGUCCACAUGAGUCGUACUGGGAGUAUGGCAACUGUGAGGCUGCAGCGCAGAGCCAGACUUGCCCUAAAACUGCGAGAAGUGUUCGAGCUGGAAGGCAUUGCAGAAGUCCGGGCAGAAAUACCUUGUUGGCUGUUGCGAUCUGUCUUGUUACAAGGUUAUAUGUACCUUACAAACACAUAUCUGUGUUUCUUUGCUCACAUGCCGGCAAGAGAGGAUCAAAUCCUGAAAUCUGGGUCAUUAAAUAAGAAGGCACAGCGCACAAAACGUUGGAUCAAGCACUGGUUUGUACUCAAGAAUGACGCUUUGAGCUGGUACCAGUCAUCCUCUGAUCCUUACUUCCCUCAUGGGAUCGUGGAUUUACGCUACGCCAUAUCGUGUGAACCUGUCGGCGAGAAAGGCUUUCGAGUUCGCACGCACCAGAAGACAGUGUCUUUAAACGCAGACUCGGUACCUAGUCGUGAGGAAUGGGUCAAGGCAAUACGAAAGGUUAUCUUCAAAGCUCAGAACAUGGGGGACAGCGUGAAAAUUGCAAUUCCAUAUUCUGCAAUCCUCGACGUGGACAAGUCGGAAGCUAUGGAUUUCAGCGAGACGAUAGAGGUCAAAGUCUAUGACAAGGAGGCGUCCGAUCACUUCUCUGUCGAUUCCUACUUCUUCGCAUACUUCCACGAUAUUUCAGGGUCACUUGAACAGAUACGGAACGCGGUUCGUCUCCAGAGAACCAACCCUGGUAAUGGUCGAGAGCCAGUUCUCGAUACUACUACUUCCCGCUCCACGAUCACUCAACCAGAUAGACCUUCAAGUAUGCCUCCAUCUUCGAGUUCGGUCUUCAGAAUUUCCUCUCUGUUACGACCAUUUCAAGAGUCAAAAUCCAACACCACCAUCACUUCCAGUCGAUCAGCACCCGAAGUCCCAGAAGAGUUCACCCAUAUUUCGCGACGGAUCGACUCUACCUCCUUUGUUCCAGUCACGACCAGUGGUUCGCCUGGCCCAUCGAAAGACCAUUCACCCAGCGCGAGUGAAUCCUCGUCCCAGAUUCUCACACCUACACAGUCUAACAUCGAAAAGAGUCACACCUAUCCACCGUCAACAAGAACUACCUCUCCUGUCGGCUUAGAUGCUCCACUUCCACUGCCACGUGGAGUUGGUGCCUCUACCACAACGAUCACGAACAUAACAUCCAGCACAAGUAUGAACUCGUGGCUUGGUGUCCCCGGAUGGCUGAAGGUUUCCAGGCCGAGGCCGUUGUUUGGGACCAGCUCUUCUGAGGCAAGCUCCCUUCAAGUAAAUCCGCCCGAUGGUAAGGUACAGGAGAUGUACUCUUCGACGGGGGGUUCCGUUCUCGGUAGCAAGUGGGGCGGAACUGGUGAUUUGGCUUACAGUAUUCUGGAUACUCCUGAAAAUCCGGUUGACGAAGAGAUGGUUGAGAAAUUUAGAACAGCGUUUGCUUACGACGAGAAGGAGACCCUACUUGGAUAUUUUUCCGGUUAUAUCUUCCGCCUCCUGCCGGUAUACGGAAGGCUAUAUAUCUCGACUAAUUAUUUCUGCUUUAAAUCUACUGGUCCUCUUAAUUCACGGACAAGGAUGACUCUACCUAUACGUGAUAUCCUCUCCGUGGAAAUGUCCAAAGGCACUAGAUUUGGACAUCAUGGCCUCAUAAUUAUCAUCAAAGGACACGAAGAACUAUUUUUCGAAUUUGGUGCGGAGGAUAGGCGUGGCGCUUUUGUGGCGCUUUUGCAACGUCAAAUGGACGAUGUCAGGCGUCGUAUUACUUGUGGUGAAGUUCCAGAGCCAACUCAGGGGCAGCGUGAUGCUCUUAUAUUAGAAGAGUUUGAGCCCGCUCACGCCUGCCGUGACCUGGCCGAGCCUCCCAUGCCUGAAAAUAUGUCCGACUCGUUACCAGCGGUCAUGUUUACAUCCGCUUCAUCAACGUUCCUUACAUUCAAGCCACAAAAGUCAUUACAUUUCACAUUCCUUACAAUUGGUUCAAGAGGAGACGUUCAACCUUACAUCGCUCUCGCUAAGGGUUUGAAAGCUGAUGGCCAUAGGGUCAGAAUAGCUACACACGGAGAGUUCAAGGAGUGGAUUGAAGCGCACGAUAUAGAAUUUGGUUACGUCGGAGGAGAUCCUGCAGAAUUGAUGAGAAUAUGUGUCGAGAAUGGGACAUUUACCGUUUCGUUCCUCAAAGAAGGACUCCUGAAGUUCCGAGGAUGGCUGGAGGAUCUCCUGAAAACUUCGUGGGAGGCUUGUCAAGGCACGGAUAUCCUGAUCGAAAGUCCAAGUGCUAUGGGAGGCUACCACAUUGCCGAGGCACUAGCUAUUCCAUAUUUCAGAGCGUUCACCAUGACCUGGACUCGAACCAGAGCUUACCCACACGCCUUCGCGGUUCCUGAACGAAAGAUGGGUGGUAGCUAUAACUACAUGUCCUAUGUCAUGUUCGAUCAAGUCUUCUGGCGUGCCAUUUCAGGACAAAUCAACCGUUGGCGUAGGAAUGUCCUUCAUCUCGGUGGCACGAGCCUCGAUAAGAUGGAACCUCACAAGAUACCAUUCCUUUAUAACUUCAGUCCUCACGUAGUCCCGCCACCUUUAGACUGGCCGGAAUGGAUUCGUGUCACAGGUUACUGGUUUCUCGACGACGCUGACGUCAGUUCCACGAAAUGGACACCUCCGAACGAUCUCCUUGAAUUCUUAGAAUUGGCACGCACCCAAAACAAGAAAGUAGUUUACAUUGGGUUUGGGAGCAUAGUAGUGUCGGAUCCUAGGUCAAUGACUCGAUGCAUCAUCGAUUCAAUUGUGCAGAGCGGCGUGUAUGCUGUCUUGUCGAAAGGAUGGUCAGAUCGCCUCCAUGUAAAGGCUUCGGACGCGUCCGAGCCUGAGGAACCUUUACCCAAGCAAAUUUACUCCAUCUCAUCCAUUCCUCAUGAUUGGUUAUUUCAACGAAUAGACGCUGCCUGUCAUCACGGAGGUGCCGGAACCACAGGGGCAAGUCUUCGAGCCGGUAUCCCGACGGUCAUCAAGCCGUUUUUCGGUGAUCAGUUUUUCUGGGCAGAUCGCGUCGAAGCGCUCGGGGUGGGAACCGGUGUCAGGAAACUGACAGUUGAGAGCUUGACAGAGGCUCUUUUGACCGCUACUACCGACCUUAAGCAGAUUGAUCGUGCCAAACUGCUAGGUGAAGAGAUUCGAGCGGAGAACGGUGUGGCCACUGCCAUUGAAUCUAUCUACCGUGAUUUGGAAUACGCUAAAUCGCUCAUCAAGCAUAAUUCUGCCGAUACAGAUGAUGAGACUAGCGAUCUUGAUGACGGAGACGGGACCAUCCGAGAUCAGGACCUGCCUCAAACCCGUUCAACUUGGUCAGGUCGUAGUUCGAGUGGCUCUGCACGAGGGGAUGGUGCACCAAGCGAGGACUGGAGCGUGAUAUCUGAUCAAGAUGACCGAAGGUUAUCAUUUAGCUCUCGCCACAGUGAAGGGAAACAACCAUCCACUGACCGUAGUAAACGCGCCAGCAUAGCCGCUGCCAUGCUUUCUGUAUUACCAGACUCUUUCCCGGGCUCUCCACGCCGACGCACUGUCUCUACUGGCUCACGACAAUAAUUUAGUUUGUUGUCUUAUACUUUUCUUUCUUUCCCUAUUAGCCCGGAUUCAUCGCACUUUGGUUACAGCCUGUGUAGAUUUUAUGGUACAUUUACUCUUCUUAUAUUUACGUAGAAUCGUCCCAAUAAUGAUCAAACACGUUUUUACUGAACUGACC